GUUUUGAAGACGUAGUCUUUUGUUGUAUGUCUUCUUUUAAAUAGAAGCAUUCAUAGAACGAUCGCUUAGUGUACUUUCAUUUUCUUAAGGGAACAAACAUGGCGGUUUGUGUAGCUGUCAUUGCAAAAGAAAAUUACCCCCUGUUUAUCAAGACAAUCCCAACAGAUAAUGAGCUGAAGUUCUACUACACUGUGCACACUUCUUUGGAUGUCGUCGAAGAAAAGAUUUCCUCAGUCGGAAAGAACACCAAUGAGCUCCGGGAGCUCUACCUUGGCUUGCUAUACCCAACAGAAGAUUACAAAGUAUAUGGAUAUGUUACUAAUACAAAAGUCAAAUUUGUUGUAGUGGUGGAGUCCAUAAAUUCCAGUUUACGUGAUAAUGAAAUCAGAAGUAUGUUCAGAAAAUUACACAAUGCAUAUGUAGACAUGGUCUGUAACCCAUUUUAUACACCAGGGGAAAAUAUAACGUCACAGAAAUUUGAAAAUGUGGUAAUGUCCAUGAUGCAUGAUUAGAAGAAACCAUUAAGAAUUGUCAUCUAUGCGGAAGGAUUGUGCAAUCAAGACUAUAGACAUCUUUGAUAUUCAUUAUCAUUUGCUUUAAUUAUGAACUUUUAAUUAAAACAUGUAUGUUCCAGAAGCAUUCAACAUUUAAAUAUAUUUACAUGCACGUUUGUACAUAAUAAUUAAAUGAACAUGUAAUAAAUUUCUAUUUGAUAUUUAA